AUGGAAACAACUUCCACCAAACGCAUUGAUACCAAUCUUUUACUUCAAACUGCAUCAACGACGGGUUCCAAACGUCCACUGGUCAUUCUAUUUAGUUGGUUGUUGGCGAAAGAUCGUCAUAUAGCCAAAUAUAGAAACUUAUACACCAGUCAGGGAUUCGAUGUUUUGAGUAUCCGUGUCAGCCCCACGGAAGUUCUGCAACCCAAAAAGGCUCAGGACGUUAUUAAAAAAACUCUUGGAAUUUUACAAGAAGCGGAGCAGAAAUUGAAGCCUUUGGUCAUCCAUGGUUUUUCAGUUGGAGGAUAUGUUUGUGGUGAGAUGAUGGUCGAGUUGGAGAAAAAUGCAGAAAAAUAUUUCGAUGUUCGUCAGCGAUUAUUGGGUCAAAUUUUCGAUAGCCCUGUCGAUUAUGAAGGGGUCCCUACAGGAUUUGCUAAUGUUUUAUCCAACAACAAAAUGAUUCAAAAACUUUUGAAAGUUUCGAUUGAAAGUUACUUAAAAUUGUUCAAAAACAGUGUAACAAAAUAUUAUAUGGCAUCGUCAGAAGCUUUUCAUAACAACUCUCUAGAGUUACCUUCCUUGAUGUUGUAUUCAAGAGCGGAUCCUAUCGGAGUGGACAAAAACAUUGAAACAGUGAUGAAAAAAUGGAAAGCAAAGGGCCUGCCUGUUCAGACCCGCUGCUGGCAGAAUACACCCCACGUUAGUCAUUUUCACCAUCAUCCAGAUGAAUAUGUUGAAUCGAUCCUUACAUUCAUGGAUUCAAUCGGCCUGGGAUCAGUCCAUACACCUAACAAAGAUAUUUUCGAAGAAGAAAAAGAAAAGUUUACAUCUAAAAUGAGGAAUUGA